UUCACAGAUGGAGCUCUCAUUGACUACUUUUUGUUCUUGUUUGUGUCGUCUUCUUCUUUUUCCAUACAUGAAACAUGAAGAAUGCAACCCUGCAUUCUCAUACAAAACUCCACUCCCUCCUCCUCCUAACUUCAAUUCCUCCAUUUCUUCUCACUCAAUCUUCAUUUUAGUUUCUGGGUUUUCAAGAUCAUGGGUCGUGCGAAGCUACCGAUCAAGCAACUAGACAGCCCACUUGCUCGUCAGAUAACGUUCGCGAAAAGAAAGAGUGGUAUCAUGAAGAAAGCUGCAGAGUUAUCUCUUCUGUGUAACAUUGAUCUUGCUAUUAUCAUGUUUUCCCCCAGUGGUCGUUUGACUACCUUUUCUAGCAAUGGAAGCGUUGAGGACGUCUUGAUCCGUUUGCUCUGUAACUCUUAUCGGACAAAAGGAGCAAGCUUUAAGAAGGACGAGAAUCUCUUGAAAUCAUUCAUGCGUUUGAAGUAUGAAGCUCAGAUAAUGGAACUGCUUGCCAAUAAGGAGAAUCUUGAAGUGGAGUGCAACAUGCUAAGGCGACAACUCAAUGUGGUCCAAGAUACUAUGAGGUAUUACAACCCGAGUCUCUACCCUAUUCGAUCAAUUCAUCAAGCUGAAGUGAGUGAGAAAUCCAUUACAGAUGCACUGCAGUAUGUCAAACAAGUAAAGGAAAAGUUCUUAGGCAACCAUAUCUCUGAAGAAGCAACCGGAGCUAUUGAGAAUAUUGAUGGACAUAUACCGGAGGGAGAGAUUGCUGGUGCUGAUGCUGAUGCCGGUGCUGGUGCUGGUGCUGGUGCUGGUGCUGGUGCUGGUGCUGGUGCUGGUGCUGAUGCUGAUUCUGAUAUUGAUGGUGAUACUGAUGCUGAUUACUAUGUGGAUGCUAAUGCUGAUGCUGAUCAGAGGAAUGAGGAGUUUUUAGAAUAUAAUCCUAUCUUGUACUGGAGGGAUCAUCAAAGGGAGAAUCCUCUCCAGGAGACAAGAAGCUCACUGAUGGGUCCACACCUGAACACUAGCUUCAUAAGAGAGAGAAGCAAUUGGAACCUACCAGGAUCUAUGCUUCCAUUUAAGGAAAUUGUGGGCCAUGAACUGUCCAAUGCCUCACCAGAUGAGCAACAAAACAUGGGUAGUGGACCUUCGGGUGUUUGCAAGGGAGGGCUGAUUGGCAAGCCUGGCACUUAUGGAGACUUAUUUGCUGGAUUCUAAUUUGCAUUAAGGGCUUCUACUCUCUUUAUGAAUUAGAAUUGCCGGUUCCUAUGGGGGACACAGACCUUAGACAAUAAAAAACUUGCAUGUGUGGACUUGAGUUUUCUAUAUAGUGUUUGUUUUGUGUAUAGUUUGUAUUGUGACUGUUCAAAGUUAAACUCUGUGAUGUUACAUGUUGAGACCUUAAGAGAUUGACUUGCGCUUAAGCUUUCUGCAGUAUCCAUGAAGCAACUAUGUAUGAUGUGAAAUCUAUUUACUUAAGCUUAA